AUGAAAAUGGGCCAGCUUUCGCCUGCCAAGGGCUUUCUGGCGCCGCCCAAGCCCUUCCAGAACGCAGACGACAAAAAAUCGCGUUCUAGAUCGUCCAGCUUCUCCCGAAUUUUCUCCUCCAGCGAUAGCUCUCCGCGCAGAACUGUGCCACCACUUGAGCAGAUAUCUACUGCAGCAAUCCCACCAGAACUAGUGCCAAUAGUCACGCUUCUGUCAGCACAGGCACACCGCCGCUACCACGAAGGCGUCUUUCUCAUUCUCAAAGACCUCAAUAGCGACGGCUCUCCAGCCGCUCGCACUUGGAAAGAAGUGUAUGGUGUUCUCAUUGGCACACAGCUGGCCGUUUGGGACGCUCGCGUCCUGGCCGAUAAUGGAAACAAUCCAGAGGAACUUCUGAAGGCCACUGCCAAGCCAACCUACAUAAAUUUCACCGAUGCAUCGUUCCGACCACUGGGUCCCAAAGAAGCGGUGAUUGCUGAGGGCAAGAAACAGCUCAAUCACACGAUCGUAGCGUCCACCACGCUGAAAAACAGAUACUUCCUACAAUUCAGCGACGCUGACGCCUUCGCUCAUUGGCACGCUUCGCUAAGGCUCAGCGCCUUUGAGUUCACCGCUUUGCAAGAAGCCUACACAGGUGCCUUCUUGUCGACCAAGGGAGCCAAACUUGGAGACAUCAGGGUCAUCCUCGCCGACACAAAGUUCAAUUACGAGGACUGGGUCAGCGUCAGAUUCGGGGCCGGAAUGCCUUGGAAGCGCUGCUAUGCUGUGAUCUCCCAGCCGACAAAGAAAAGUAAGAGCAAACGCAUAUGCGGUGAAAUCAACUUCUAUGAAAACGACAAGAAAACCAAGAAGGCUCAAAUUAUGACUAGCGUCACCGACGCCUGUGCCGUAUACGCGCUUUACCCAUCUUCGCCCAUGCUUAUCGACACUUCGACGAUGAUCAAGCUCGAAGGACGGGUGUCAUUCGGUAAGAAGGACACUCCAAAAGAGACAGACAUAUUCAUCAUGCCAGAAAAACAUCAUGCAGUGCCCGGUUACGACACGAUCAUCCGUUUCUUGAUACCGACCAUGAACGCGUUCCAGCUUUACGGAAGACCAAAACGAUUGAUUGCAGAUAGACAUGAUUUGAACUCAUUGUUAUUUGGUUUGCCUACUUUACCACACGUUCAUUUCCUGCAGAAGGAAGACAUUAUAUCGAUAGCCGCUUCAAAGUCGAACAUGACAUGGUCUGUUUUAGAGUGGAGAGAAGGAAUCAAAAAUGUCCUUCUGAAGAAGGUCAACGCUGGAUACACCGGUUGUGGCUCCAGUGAAGGUUUGAAUGGUGCGUUGGCGUCACCUGCUAUUGGCUCCAAUGAGUUGUUUGAUAGCACUCCACUGCAAACAUCGCCUUUGGUGGCAUCGAUCUCCAGAUUCCCUUCAGAGAGCCAGCCAACCAAGACGAGUCUGAGAAAUGCCUCUGGAGUCACAAGAAGCCGUGAUUACACCGAAUCUCAAGAAAACGUCUCCUCAAUCUACACCGAUGCCGAGAAAACACCACAGGGCUCAGUCGAUGAACUUGCAGGCUCCGUGGCAGAGUUGCGGACCCCAGCUAGAAACAAGAAAGCUACGCCUACCAUAGAAAUCCAGCAAUCGAAUUUCGAGAAUUUUGAAAGAGCAGAGAAACCUCGCGCUCAAGACGCUCCCGCAAGAAAGUCGGAGCUCUCGACAAUAUAUGACAAGUACUCUCAGGUCCCAUUUGGAACUUCAGAACAUGAACUUCCUUAUUUGGCAUAUGGUGAACAGGCCCGCGACUCUGCUGGAGCGUAUGAAGAUUACACGAGGUCACCUACUGUCAAAAAUUUGGAUAUUUCGAAUCUACGAGACUCCAACAGUACUGAUCACACGGAGUUCUCUAGAGCUUUACGGGCGCAGGGUGGCGCUGAUAGAAGCAGCAAUGCCAAUAGCUAUUAUUCGGACGGAGGAAAUUCCCGUAACGAGACAUCUGCGAAAAACGACGUUUUAGAGGAUUUCUACAGUCUAUCUCAACAGAUUUCUCAGAUGGGAUUGGGAAGCAAGGAGAAAAUGGACAACGGUGGGUAUUCUAAUAAAAGAGACACUGAUGAUUUUGAUUUCGAAGCUGGCGGUAGUGUCAACAAUUCCCUUGACAAUGUUUUCGAUCCUGAUUACUUGGAACAGAACCAAAUGCUAGACAACGAAAGUCAUUAUACGAAUAACGAAAGCAAGUUUCGGUAUGGGGUCGGCAAUCCUAGUCAGCAGUCGAUCGGGAAGUCUGAGCCAGUGACAAGAACCUCUCCUAGCCGCGAAAUGAAUGCUUCUGGCAGAGUGUCGCCGCUAGUGAUUCCCAAGCAGAGGCCCAACAAGCAAGUUGUGACUCCUACUUCGCAAAAAUUCCAUCCUCAAGAGCACGCAUUUACUGGAAGGGGGACUGAUCAAAGCCCCAACGAGAAGGCAACAACCAUGAAACAUUCGCCUGGAUAUGCAAAUUUGAACGCGGUAAGUGCAAACAGGAACGAUAUUUCGCCAGUGCAUGGGAAACAGCCGGCACCAAUGGCCUCGGGUAGUGCUAGACCCCACCAUCGUCCUAUUCCAAGGGGCGUGCCCAUGGGCAUGCCUCAACAAAUGCCAAUGUCCCAGCAGGUGCCAAUGCCUCAACACAUGCCUAUGCCCCAGCAGGUACCCAUGCCCCAGCAGAUGCCAAUGUCUCAACAGGUUCCAAUGCUUCAGCAAGUGCCAAUUGUAAAUCAAACGCCUGCGGCCGUGCCACGUCCAGCGGGCUAUGGGUCGAGAUCUUAUUCUCCUGCUCCUCCUACUGGCAUGUCCAAUCCCUACGGCCGGCAGGUCCCAGCCAAUAUGGGGGCCGUGCCACCGGGAGCUCAGCCUGUUUACGCAAGAGGCCCCACAUAUGGGUCGGCUCCUCCACCCCACAUGAAGCCAAUGCGUCCUGUUGUGAACCAGCCUCCAGCCAUGAAGCCCGCAACCCAAAAGCCUCGUUCGCCCAUGGCGGGCGGAUUUUCUCAAUUCAUGCCUGCCACUGCCAACUAUCCCAACCCCUACAGCGCCAAUCCUUACCAACAAUAG